UUUAUCUAGUUUCUCACUGCUGCGAGCGGGUUACAGAAAACCUCACUCUCAACCUUAGCGCGUGAGACAAGCACUUCGGUAAAACCUAGUGGGAUAUAAAAAUUGACAGCUAGGUUUCCCCGGGAACUUCCGAACCUUCAGCUACGCUCCUUGUGUUCUUUGCUCUCUCCUCCUCUCAAAACCAGCGAUUCGAAGUUUUUUUUUUCUUUUUUUUCUGUGGAAAAUUCGUUCAAAUUCUACGGCUUGGUUUGGUUUAAACUAUUCGACUAAGUCUAGUAGAAAAGCAAACAAAACAAUGGAAGUAAUUGAAACUCAAGCAGCUGUUUCAAAUUUCAAUCUCCAGUCAAAGUCUCCACUUGGUAACAUUUCCUCCUCGGACCUUCAGAACCCCGGGUUACGUGGGGGCUCCGAACCGUCUGAUUUUUUCUUUAUGGAUAGUCCGAAAGAAGCAAGUGAAUCAGAUUUCCCGUCGGGGAAUAAUGGUGGUGGUUUUGAAAUGCCGGUGGAGUCGGUGAUCGGCGGUGAAAAAUUUUCGGGUUGGAAUCACGCCCCUGGUGGUGCUUAUUGUCAUUCCAACGCGGCCGUUAAGGUUCAGAAGGUGUAUAGGAGUUAUCAGACACGGCGUAGGUUAGCAGACUCCGCUGUUGUCGCUGAAGAACUCUGGUGGCUGGUUUUAGAUUAUGCAAGACUUAAUCACAACACAAUUUCUUUUUUUAAUUAUUUGAAACCAGAAACUGCUGCUUCGAGGUGGAAUCGUGUUGGCUUAAACGCUUCUAAGGUCGGGAAAGGAUUGUGCAUAGACGCCAAAGCACAAAAAUUGGCUUUUCAACAUUGGAUUGAAGCUAUUGAUCCACGUCAUCGUUACGGGCAUAACUUGCAUAUUUACUACGAGGAGUGGUGUAAAGCUGAAGCUGGUCAACCAUUUUUCUACUGGUUGGAUGUAGGGGAUGGCAAAGAGAUUGAUCUCAAAGAAUGCCCGAGAUCGAAGCUUCGACAACAAUGCAUUAAUUAUCUUGGACCUCAAGAGAGGGAGCAUUAUGAGUACAUUGUUGUUGAAGGAAAGAUUAUCCAUAAACAAACUAGAAAUGACCUUGAUACAAUCAAAGGAUUGAAAGAGGGGAAAUGGAUAUUUGUUAUGAGCACCUCCAGGAAAUUGUAUGCUGGCGAAAAGAAGAAAGGAAUGUUUCAUCAUUCUAGCUUCUUAGCUGGAGGAGCAACGUUAGCAGCUGGUAGGCUGGUGGCAGAGCAGGGAAUACUAAAGUCCAUCUCUGCCUAUAGUGGACAUUACCGGCCAACAGAUGAUAGUCUUGAGAGUUUUCUAACCUUUCUGAAAGAGAACGGAAUGAACCUCAGUGAAGUUGAGAUUCGCCGAGCAACUGAUGAUUCUGAUAGCUAUGAUGAUGGCAAAUCCAGCAGUGGUGGGACUGCUUUUGAAUUUUCAACAAGCUCAGUGACUACUGAACCUGAAAUUGAAAAUGAAGAGAAGAAUUUGUCAUCUGACUCAUCUGAAACUAAUCAACCGGAGACCAAAAAUAAUUACGAAAGGACUUUAUCUGGUGGUCUCCAGAGCCCAAGAGCUGAGGUGCCUAAAAAGGCUAUAUUGCAAAGGAUCAACUCGAAGAAGGCGGCCAAAUCAUACCAAUUGGGACAUCAGCUGUCGCUCAAAUGGUCAACUGGGGCUGGGCCAAGGAUUGGGUGCGUUGCUGAUUACCCUGUAGAACUGAGACAACAAGCAUUGGAGUUCGUCAACCUGUCCCCAAGAACUCCUCACACCCCUCCACCAUUCCUAUCUCCAAGAACGCCACGCACCCCCCUGAUACCUUCAGGAUACAGGCGUCCUAGUGGUCUUGCACCAACGACAUCUCAGCCAACAUCAAAUGACUCAAAUGCUGAUGCGACUUCUGGCAUCUAAGUGUAAUAUACCAUGAAUUUAUCAGUAGGGUUUGUGCUUCUAGUAUUAUGGAUGCAUUAGUAAAUGUAAAUAUCUUAUCAGCUUUAAUGGCACUUCAGCCUUUUUGAAUGACUAUAGCAUAAUCGCAGCUGCGUCUAAUGCGUUUCAUAAGUAUCCAUUAGCUGUUUAUUCUACCAUGAUUUCAGAUAAUGCAUUUUGUCGAGAGGUUUUGGUGGAUGUUUCAUAUAAUUACGAGACGCAUCAGUUUUAAGAUUAAUCAGCAAAAUUACCUGCCAGUCCUAGUCCCCGACCAGGCUAAAGCCGGUUCCUUUCUUUUUUUUUCAUGAGAUAACAGGUAAUAUUAAUCUGUAUUUAAGCAAUCAACAAAAUCAGUCAUGCCGUUUCUUACAUCUCACUCUCAGUGCUCAAAAGAUUUCAACUAUGCGGCAUUCCUAGGAACCCUCACAACAGAGCCUGUUGGGAAUUGCUUGAGUGCCAAUAAUUCUACAAUGGACCCCUUUUGCCAAUUGAUACUACACAAAAAAGCUUGACAGAACUCCAAACUUGCUUGUCUUGAUUGGGAGCUAGAAAAGUUAUGGUAUAGGCGGUGACAUCUGUAGCAUCGACAUCUGCAAAAGAUAUAACCUGCCUGCUACCCUGUUGCUAAACAACCAGUCCACAUAAUUGACUUCAUAGAGUCAUGUUUGCCAUUGUCUCUAAUCUAUAGUUUCUGACUUGUAUGCAUGUAUCUACUAAAU